AUUUCAUUCACUCUGGUUGCACAACUUUGUGGUUCACUUGCUAGGUUAUUUUUUGUUAGAGGCUUUUUAACGUAAAAAAUCUGUCUGGAAACAAUUAAUAACGAUGGCGCAAAGUAAGUUAAACGAUAUGGCAGGAAAGUUUGCCAAGGGUGGCCCUCCCGGUCUCGGUAUCGGUUUAAAAGUUGUUGCCGUGGUUGGAGCAGCGGCCUAUGGAAUUUCCCAAUCGCUAUUUACAGUCGAAGGUGGGCAUCGUGCUAUCAUGUUUAACAGAAUCGGUGGAAUACAACAGCAUGUCAUGACUGAAGGGUUGCACUUUCGUCUCCCUUGGUUCCAGUAUCCCAUCAUAUAUGACAUAAGAUCGAGACCUCGCAAGAUUUCCUCUCCUACCGGUUCCAAGGAUUUACAAAUGGUAAAUAUUUCGUUAAGAGUUUUAUCACGCCCCGAUUCAAAUAGCCUGCCUACUAUGUACAGACAACUGGGUAUUGAUUAUGAUGAAAAAGUUUUGCCAUCUAUUUGUAACGAAGUGUUGAAGUCUGUAGUUGCUAAGUUCAAUGCAUCUCAGCUUAUAACUCAGCGACAGCAAGUGUCCCUCCUGAUUAGACGGGAGUUGGUGGAGAGAGCGGCAGACUUUAAUAUCAUUCUGGAUGAUGUGUCUCUGACAGAAUUGAGUUUUGGAAAAGAGUACACAGCAGCCGUAGAAGCCAAACAAGUUGCACAGCAAGAAGCACAGCGGGCUGCUUUUGUUGUUGAAAGGGCAAAGCAGGAGAGGCAACAGAAGAUUGUGCAGGCAGAGGGAGAAGCGGAAGCUGCCGAGAUGUUAGGUAAAGCCAUGGGAAUGAGCCCUGGCUAUCUAAAAUUAAGAAAAAUCAGAGCAGCUCAAAGUAUCUCGAGAAUGAUAGCACAGUCACAAAAUAGAGUAUUCCUCCCUGGCAACAGCUUGAUGAUCAACCUCCAGGACCCAUCCUUUGAUGACUUAUCUGAGAAACUCACAAAGAAGAAGUAACAUGAGGCCAAGAAAGAGUAUGCAAUGAGCCUGGAGCCUGCGACUACUCUUUCUGUUGAAGAAACUGCAGUUAUAAUCAGUGGCGCUUCUUCAGUUGCUGUUUAGCAUUUGAUUUGCUCUAGCAUUUUAUAAAGUGUAUAAAAGUAAUGUUUAAUACUGUAUGUACUUGUACUUCUUACUAUUAAUAAUGAAUGUUGCAUUUUGAGGUUACUUAGUUGUAGGUUUAGUUUGUAUGGAAAAUGGUUGAUGCAAUAAAAGUAAAAAACAACAA